AUGGAGGAAGGAAGAACAUAUUAUAUGAAACUUGAAGCCUAUGUUCUGAAUGAGUGGCUUAAUGUUCUUCAGUCAGUCCAAAUCCCCUUUGCACUUAUUCCUUUGCUCUGUCUGAUGUCAAAGGAGCAGAUAAUGGGCAGCUUCAAAAUUGGCUCUGACCUCAAGGUAUGGCGCCCUUUUAUCUGCAUUUUGGUCACACUGGUCACUUAUCAGAUACCCAAUAUUGGUUUAUAUAUCUGGUAUGUGAAAAGGAAGCAUCUUAUUGAUGUUAGUGAAGUGUUUAGGGUACUUAAUGCUGAGAAGAAAUUUCGGAUAGCAUCUUAUAAUUGUCUUCAGCUGUUGAAAAGUAUGGGUAAGGAUAAGCAGAAAAGUAUAGAUGUGUUCUUUAAAAAGAAACUAGUCUCUGAAAGUGAAUCAAGUGAUGCUCUUACGAACAUAAUUUCUGAAAGUGAUGCACCUUCUCAUGAGCAACCUCCUUCCAAGUGUCGUAGAAUUGAACAUACUGAUGACAUUAUUACAGUCAAAAAUAAAAAUUUUGAACGUGAUACAGGCAAACGAUGUUCUUUUAGAGGGCAUGAUGAGACUAUUGAUUCAAGAAAUAGGGGUAAUUUUAUUGAAAUGAUCAAACUUUUGGCAUCUUACAAUGAAAAAGUUGCAGAUGUCGUUCUAAAGAAUGCUCCAUUGACGGCCAAGUAUACCUCACCUCAAAUACAAAAGGAGAUUUUAUAUGUUCUAGAAAACAAAGUGCGAAAGCAGAUUCGCAAAGAUAUUGGGGAUUCUAAGUUUUGUAUUAUUGUGGAUGAAGCACGUGAUGAAUCUAAAAGGGAACAAAUGGCUCUUAAUAUCUGUGGCCAAGGAUAUGAUGGUGCUAGUAACAUGUGUGGUGAAUGGAAUGGAUUGCAAGCAUUAUUUGUUAAUGAAUGUCCUUGUGCGUAUUAUGUGCAUUGUUUUGCUCAUCGAUUACAAUUAGCCUGGAUUGCUGCCUCUAAGGAAUUUUCUUCUAUUUAUCAAUUCUUUCAGAAUUUGAAUUUCAUCAUUAAUAUUAUCACUGCAUCUUCUAAACGUCAUGAUCAAUUCCAAGCUGCCCAGAUUUCAGAAUUUGAACGUUUGCAGACUAUUGGUGAGCUUGAAACUGGUACAGGUUCUAACCAAGUAGGUACACUAAAGCGGGCUAGUGAUACUAGAUGGGGUUCUCAUUUUUAUUCUAUAUGCAGUCUUCAACGAGGGUAUAAUGAAUCAUGUUCAGUACUUGAAAAAAUUCGCCGCGAAGGCUCAAAUUACUCUCAAAGAGAAGAUGCUACUGCAGCGUAUAAGAUGAUCACUUCGUUUGAGUUUAUCUUUACUUUACUUUUGAUGAAGGAGAUCAUGGGCAUCACUGAAAUUCUUUGUCAAGCAUUGCAACAAAAAUCUCAAGAUAUUUUGAAUGCUAUGCAAUUAGUUUCAAGUACAAAGGAACUUAUUCAAGAAUUGCGAGAUGAUGGUUGGAAAAGAAUACUUGAAAGUGUUGUUAAUUUCUCUAAGCUUCAUGAAAUAGAUGUUCCAGAUCUUAAUGCUCAAUAUAUUGAAGGUCGUGGCCGUCGACAGCAUGAUCAAAUAACUAUUGAGCAUCAUUAUCAUUUUGAUAUCUUUAAUUCAACCAUUGACUUUCAAUUACAAGAAUUAAAUAUAAGGUUUACUGAGCAAACAACGGAACUUUUAUCACUUAGCUCUUCAUUAGAUCCGAAGAAUGGUUACAAAGCACUUAAUGUUGAUGAUAUUUGUAGCCUUGCAGAGAAAUAUUAUCCUCUUGAUUUUUCUGAGCAAGAGAGAAUUAAUUUGAAUUGUCAAUUGAAGCAUUUUCACAAGGACAUCCCAAAACAUCCAGAACUUCAAAAUUUAUCUUCAAUUUCUGAGUUGUGUCAAGGAUUAGCUAAGACAGGAAAGUCAAAUUCUUAUCAUUUGGUUGAUAGGCUAAUUCGUCUUAUCUUAACGCUACCAGUUUCAACAGCAAAUGGUGAACGUGCAUUCUCAGCAAUGAAAAUUGUGAAAACAAGGCUUCGAAACAAAAUGGAUGAUGAAUUUCUUGCAAAUAAUUUGGUUGUGUAUGUUGAAAGAGAUAUUGCUGAAACUUUUACUACAGAUUCGAUCCUUGAAGAUUUCGUUAAUUUAAAAGAGCGUCGCUUACAAUUUUAG